UGCACAUGCACCUCGUGCCCUCUCCCAAGGCCCCACAUCGACACCAGCCCAUUUCCAUUCUACCUCACCUUUGGGGUGAGAAGGCCCUGGAAGCUGAUUCCCUUGGUUCUUAGCUGCGUGACCUUGGGCACGUUAGGUUAGUUAGCCUGUCCGUGCCUCUGUCAGAUGGGGAUAACGGUAGUAUCUACCUCACAGGCUUGCUGCGAGGAUCGAAUAUGCAAAUCCUUGUUAAGUGUUUAGAACAGUUCCUGGCAGAUAAGAAGUGCUCACUAAAGCUUAGCAAUGAUUAAGCGUCAUGAGGUAGCCGACGGAUGGGGCAGCUGACUAUGGGAUUUCAUGACAUCCGGGCUCCCCUGCUUCCUGCAAUCUGCUCCCACCCCCUCGAAAGUAAGGCAGCAAACAAAAGCCUUGCACCUGCACGGUGGAUGGCUGUGGCCAAGUCUAAAGGUGUGGCCUUCGGCGGGGUGUCCGGCUUUCAGUCUUAAGUGGACUGGGGAUGGGAAGAAGAUCCUGGCCCUCGAAUCCUCCUGGGCCUUCCCGAGCUUGGAGGUCUCUUGUAAGCCCCGAGGCCGGACAGCCCAGCUUGGGCCCGUCCAUCUGGCCCAGGUGAGUUUCGUCAUCCCAGCCUUCAAUGAAAACUUCACCUUGGACUUGGAGCUGAACCAUCACCUCCUGUCCUCGCAGUACGUGGAGCGCCAUUUCAGCCAGGAGGGGACGACCCAGCACAGCACCGGCGCCAGAGAUCACUGCUACUACCAGGGGAAGCUCCGGGGCAACCUGCACUCCUUUGCCGCCCUCUCCACCUGCCAGGGGCUGCAUGGGGUCUUCUCGGAUGGGAACUUCACUUACAUCAUGGAGCCCCAGGAGCUGGCUGGGCCUCGGGGAGACCCUCUGGGACCCCUUCCCCACCUCAUUUACCGGACCCCUCUUCUCCCAGCCCCCCUCGGAUGCAGGGAGCCAGGCUGCCUGUUCGUGGCUCCUGCUCAUCUUGCUUCCCCGAAUCUGCCGAGACUGAGAAGGAAAAGGCAGGUCCGCCGGGGCCACCCCACAGUGCACAGUGAGACCAAGUACGUGGAGCUGAUUGUGGUCAAUGACCACCAACUGUUUGAGCAGAUGCGGCAGUCCGUGGUCCUCACCAGCAACUUUGCCAAGUCUGUGGUGAACCUGGCAGAUAUGAUGUACAAGGAGCAGCUCAAUACCCGUAUCGUAUUGGUCGCCAUGGAAACGUGGGCAGAUGGAGACAAGAUCCAGGUGCAGGAUGACCUCCUGGAGACCCUGGCCCGGCUCAUGGUCUACCGGCGGGAGGGCCUGCCUGAGCCCAGCGACGCCACCCACCUCUUCUCGGGCAGGACAUUCCAGAGCACCAGCAGCGGGGCUGCCUACGUGGGGGGGAUCUGCUCGCUGGCCCGGGGUGGGGGUGUGAACGAGUACGGCAACGUGGGGGCCAUGGCGGUGACCCUGGCCCAGACGUUGGGCCAGAACCUGGGCAUGAUGUGGAACAAACACCGGAGCUCUGCAGGGGACUGCAAGUGUCCAGACAUCUGGCUGGGUUGCAUCAUGGAGGACACUGGGUUCUAUCUGCCCCGCAAGUUCUCGCGCUGCAGCAUCGACGAGUACAACCAGUUUCUGCAGGAGGGCGGUGGGAGCUGCCUCUUCAACAAGCCGCUCAAACUCCUGGACCCCCCUGAGUGCGGGAACGGCUUCGUGGAGGCGGGGGAGGAGUGCGACUGCGGCUCGGUGCAGGAGUGCAGCCGCGCGGGCGGAAGCUGCUGCAAGAAAUGCACCCUGACUCAUGACGCCAUGUGCAGCGACGGACUCUGCUGUCGCCGCUGCAAGUACGAGCCGCGGGGUGUGUCCUGUCGGGAGGCCGUGAACGAGUGCGAUAUCGCGGAGACCUGCACGGGGGACUCGAGCCAGUGUCCCCCCAACCUGCACAAGCUAGAUGGCUACUACUGUGAUCAUGAACAGGGCCGCUGCUAUGGAGGUCGCUGCAAAACCCGGGACCGGCAGUGCCAAGCCCUCUGGGGCCAUGCGGCUGCUGAUCGCUUCUGUUAUGAGAAGCUGAACGUGGAGGGGACGGAGCGUGGGAACUGUGGGCGCAAGGGGUCAGGCUGGGUCCAGUGCAAUAAGCAGGACGUGCUCUGUGGCUUCCUCCUCUGUGUCAACAUCUCUGGGGCCCCUCGACUUGGGGACCUUGGGGGUGACAUCAGCAGUGUCACCUUCUACCACCAGGGCAAGGAGCUGGACUGCAGGGGAGGCCACGUACAGCUGGCUGAUGGCUCGGACCUGAGCUACAUGGAGGACGGCACAGCCUGUGGGCCCAAUAUGCUGUGCCUGGACCAUCGCUGCUUGCCAGCGUCUGCCUUCAACUUCAGCACUUGCCCCGGUAGCGGGGAACGCCGGAUCUGUUCUCACCACGGGGUCUGCAGCAAUGAAGGGAAGUGUAUCUGCCAACCAGACUGGACAGGCAAAGACUGCAGCAUCCAUAACCCCCUGCCCACGCCCCUUCCCACGGGCGAGACUGAGAGAUAUAAGGGCCCCAGCGGCACCAACAUCAUCAUUGGCUCCAUCGCCGGGGCUGUCCUGGUUGCGGCCAUCGUCUUGGGCGGCACGGGCUGGGGAUUUAAAAACAUCCGCAGAGGAAGGUAUGACCCGACCCAGCAGGGGGCAGUGUGACGCCGGCCACGUCAUCCCUCCCGCUGUCCUUGUCUUCUCCAUCUCAUUGGUCACCUCGCGUUCUGUUGUUGGGGAGCGGAUCCCCAGCCCAGCUGUCAGCCCCACCACCGCCCGGGUGGGAGAAGCCCACUCUGGGAAGACGUCCCUGGCUUGCCCUGACCCUUUUCUCUUGUCCACCCGUCCUCUCAGCCCUCAGUCCAUUCACUGCUGACCCUCCCCUGGCUAGCUCACCCCUGGCCAGGUGGGCCCUGGAGCCAUGCCCCCCACAGCCCCCAUCCCCCGGGAAGGGGGCCUGCGUCUGCGUCCAUCUGUUUUGUCUUCCAUGCCUCCGCUGUCUGACCUCCCGCCAGACCCCUUCCCUGGCCGGCCUGUGGUUUGCCUCCUCCAGGGCCCAGCACUGACCUCCCAGGCCCAGCUGGCAGACGCUCUUUCUGGGCCCUGCCUCAUACCCCCCACUGAUGGCCGGUCUCCAUUCCAGGUCCGGAGGGGCCUAAGUGCCACGCCCUCCCUCCGAGCCUGGCGCCCACCAUCUGGGCCCUGAACCGCGAGGCGGCCCCGCCCAGCCACAGAGGCACCGUGCAAAUGUCUUCCGAGCCCAAGCCCUUCAACUUCUGGCCCCACUGGGGUUUGGGGGGCUGUGGCCCUGCCCUUCGCCCCACAGGGUGGCCCAGGCCUGGAGGGCAUUUCCCUCACGGCCCCCCACCCCACCUCAUAGGACUUGGGCCUUUCAAACCAACUCUGCCCGUGCGAACGUGGCUUCUGUCACAGACUGCCACGGCUCGAGCGGGGGUCCUGAGGGAUGCCCAGGUGGGGGGCAGGCAGCCAACAGCGGACAUGGCCUGGGGUGGCCCCUCCUCAAAACCAGGCAGCUGGGACCGAGGGGGAGGGGGCUGA